UAGAAAUAGUUCGUUUAUAUAAGCUGAGCGAUCGGUCGUGUUGUCAGUGUGUCAGCUAGUCCGACCAAUGGCAGCCCGACCGUGAAUUGUGCAGCAGCUUUAACGUAUCGUCAGAAAUGUUAACGACGCACGACACGAUGACAAUAGGUUAAUUGCGUACCUCCUGGACACUGGAAAAUGCAAUUUUCUUCCACUGCAGCGUCGAACACUUCAUGUAUGUCCUUAAUCUUUUUCGCAACGGUGAUCGCAUUGUGAAAUAAGUCCCCGAAAAUCGAUUCCGCGGACAAAACGGCAUCUCUCAGGUUGGCUAGCAAACCCGUACCAUAACCGGACCAAGCAUAUGCUAGGAAAGUUAAAACGUAAACCAGGACUUUUCGAUAUUGCAAAAAAUCCAUUGUCACAGAUUCCUUACACACUGCCGACACACUGUUCCACCGGCCCGUGGAUAUUUUUAGGUGAUUCGACUUACAUAGGUGUACACAAUUCCGGACACGUGGUAGCAAACGACGAAAUACUUCUUCGCGAUUCACUUUCGUCAUGCAUCAUAUACAUAUCAUUACGUUUGUAACGUAGUCGUGUAAAGAACGUCGUUUUAUAAUACCGAAAAAAAAGACAAACAAAAAAUGAUGCGUUCAUAGAGCAGUUCGUGAAUUGAUCAAUAUUUAUUCUUUUGCAUUACUGUUCAAGAAAGUGAUUAAAUAUAUUUUCAUAUUGGAAGAUGGCGAAGCAAUGGCAGACAAAGUACCAUUUGUUGCUGGACGUCUUCAUGACCCGACUAGUCGAUGACUAUCGUGUUGGAAGUGUUCUUUUGACACUUGACGUUACGGAUUAUCGAACUGUUUGUAAGGUUUCUUCGGGGUAAAAAUGGUGUAAGAAAUAGUGCUGUGAGGACGAUGAGCAGGAUCGCGAAAAUGGCCUGUCCAGGUGGUGGUCUGUACGUCGUCGAGGGAGAGGUUUGUCUCCUCGUGACGGCUAUGAGACGGGGUGCUCGAUGGUCUUCGCAUUCUCAUCAGGAUGAUGAUCAGGACAAUCUUAUGAAGGGUUUGUCUACCUUGAAAGAAGCACUGAAUGAAGCAAAAGAUCUGUCCCAGUUGGAACCAGGAGUGUUUCUAGCACCAUUCCUAGAAAUAAUAAGAUCGGAAGAAACAACAGGACCUGUUACGAGCCUUGCAUUAUCUGCUGUUAACAAAAUGAUAUCUUAUGGCCUGAUUGAUCCAGAUCAUCCUGCAAUAGCACAAUGCGUAGAAGCUGUUGCAGAUGCAGUAACACAUGCAAGAUUUGUGGGGACAGAUGCAUCUGGAGACGGAGUUGUUUUAAUGAGAAUACUUCAGGUUCUAAGAGCUCUAACAUUAUCUCCAGCUGGAGAUUUUCUGUCGAAUGAAAGCAUUUGUGAAAUUAUGCUCAGUUGUUUCAGGAUAUGUUUUGGACCACAUCUAAGUGAAUUAUUAAGAAAAACAGCUGAGCAUUGUCUGAGAGAUAUGGUUCAACAUCUCUUUACUCGUUUACCCCAGUUCGCUGAUGACACAAGAGCUCUAUUGAACAUGAGGAAAAUGAGAACCAACAGUAUGGAAAGCACUCGUAGUAAAAACAGGAGAAAUAAGAGUCAUUUUAAACAGAAGGUCAAACCAAAUCCAGAAGAUACGGAUGACAGUGAAGUUCAACUUGUAAACUCUGUUGAUAGAGUGAAAACAGGUCAUUUGGCAACAACACCUGUUGCUCCUGCAGGAAAUAUUGUGGAUAUGCAAGGAUCGUUGGAACAAGGAACUAUGGAAAAUGCAGAAGAUGAGAAGAACGAUAACAAGGAAAAUGGUAAAAAAGAUUUAAACGAAAAAAGUGACACUUCCAAAGAGGAAGAUGUUGAAGAUGGAACGAAAUGUAAGGAUAACGAUGAGGGAACCGUACAGAGUACAAAUACUUCAAUGGAUAAAGAACAACCUGCACAGGAGGAAUGUAAAAAUCCAGAAAAUGAAAACGCGGAUGGACAGAAUCAAACGAAAGAAACGCCUGUGGUUCAACAGGAAAUUCAAGAAAAUCAAUCGGUUAGCGAUGACAGGAGUCCGGAAAUGAUACAGUCUCCGACGGGAAGUGUAGAAGAUUUAUCGAUAGACGAAAGUAGCAAUAGUGGACAGAAAACGCCUAAGAUAAAGGAAUCCGAACACGUCGAGGAAUAUAUUAAUGCCCAAGGAGUUCGAUUCAUGUCACUUCAACAAUUAGCGCCAUAUGGUGCUCUAUGCGUCCGUGAAUUAUUUCGUUUUCUCGUGUCCCUCUGCAGCCCUCUUGAUAAACAGAAUAACGAAGUAAUGACCCAUUUGGGUCUUAGUUUGUUACAAGUAGCUUUAGAAAUCGCAGCUGACGCCCUUUCCAAUUUUCCAUCGUUACUUGCUCUCGUGAAAGAUGAUCUUUGUCGAAAUCUUAUCUUGCUUCUUGGCACGGAUCGACUGUCGAUCCUUGCAGCUGAUUUGCAAGUGUCGUUCCUACUGUUUGAAUCACAGAGAGAACAUUUAAAAUUCCAAAUGGAACAUUACAUAACGAAAUUAAUGGAAAUCGUGUACUCUGACUCGAAUAGGAUAUCAUACGAUCAACGGGAAUUGGCGCUGGAAGCCAUUGUAAGGUUGUGGAGAAUACCCGGGUUGCCCGCAGAACUGUAUCUAAAUUAUGACUGCGGUUUAUACUCGACAAAUUUGUACGAUGAAUUAAUGAAACUCCUGUCGAAGAACGCCUCUGCGAUAAUGGGAAGUAUGUACAGUAUGCAGUUCAUCUCAUUAGAUGCCAUAAUUAUGCUGAUUUCUGGUAUGGAAAUCAGAUGUAAAGGGUACAAAGAGUUGUGUAAACCUUCGCGUCACAGCGCUUCAGCGAAUCUUCCUACGCGAGAAGAAUUGCUCGCUAUAAAGUCUAAUAAGCGGUGGCUGGUGGUGGGAACGGAAAAAUUUAACGAAAGUCCAAGGGAAGGUAUUGCUAAGCUGACGGAACACGGUUUAUUGGGCGGCAGCCCAGGUAAUCCCGAUCCAGAGAAAGUAGCUAAAUUUUUGAAAGAGAAUCCCAGUCUGGACAAGAAAGCUAUCGGGGAAUAUAUCAGUAAAAAGGAAAACAAGAAUAUUUUAAACUGUUUCGUUCAUAGUUUCGAUUUAAGGAAUACGCGUGUCGAUCAAGCCCUACGUUUGUACUUGGAAUCGUUUCGACUCCCUGGCGAAGCGCCACUCAUCUCUUUGUUGCUCGAAAAAUUCGCGGAACAUUGGCACGAUAGUAAUGGCAAGCCGUUUGCUUCAGCAGACGCCGCAUUUACUUUGGCAUACGCUGUGAUCAUGUUAAACGUUGAUCAACAUAAUUACAACGUGAAACGACAGAACAAUCCAAUGACUGCCGAUGAGUUUAAAAGAAAUUUGAAGAAGGUUAACGGCGGAUCCGAUUUCGAUCAGGAUAUGCUCGAUGAAAUUUAUACUUCCAUUAAGGGCGAGGAAAUUGUAAUGCCAGCCGAACAGACUGGCUUGGUAAAGGAUAAUUACUUGUGGAAAGUCUUAUUGCGCAGAGGCGCUGGAGCUGAAAGCUUCUACCUGAAAGUUGGGAAUGCCGGAGAAUUCGUGGAUAAGGAACUGGCUGAGCAGGCUUGGGCUCCCAUCAUUAGCGCACUUUGUCGAGCGUUCGAUAAAGCACCCGACAGAUCGUUGCAACGCCGAGUUGCCGAAACAUUCCUCCGAUGUGCUUCGAUAAGCGCUCAUUACGGCAUGAGCAGCGAUUUAGACACGCUUGUGGUCAGUUUGUGUAAGUUCACAGGUCUUGCCACCGGUGGUGAUCCUGAUCAGGUGGUCUCGCAGCUUGGAGGGAGCGGCAAGUAUCAUCAGUUAGCUGCGAGAACCCUCUUUAAAAUCACUCACAUGCAUGGGGAUGCGAUAAGAGCCUCGUGGAAGAACAUCGUCGACUGUUUGCAGUCAUUGUACAAAGCAAGGUUGUUACCAAAGAGCCUCACCGAGGGAGAAGAUUUCAUAGAUGCGUCCGGGAAGAUAUCUUUGCUGCGAGAACCGGCUACGCCAAAACCACCGCCCACCGAUCAAGGAAUAUUCUCCAGCUUGUAUUCUUACAUAGCACUGGAUACCUCGCGCACUUCUCAUCCGGCGGAAGCGACAGCUAGGAAAAGGGCCAGCGAAUUCGUGGCCAACUGUUACCUCAAACAGAUCAUCGAGGAGAGCAAAUUCUUACAAGAAGAAUCCCUUCGCUCUCUCGUCGGUGCUCUGCUCUUUAGCAAUCAUCAGGACGAAGAUGUCUCCGUAUUCCUACUGGAACUUUUGUUGGAAGUAACCAUUCAGAAUCGCGACAGGGUAACGUGCAUUUGGCCAAUAGUUCAAGCGCACAUGGAUGGUCUAUUGACGACAGCUGCAAGAGAAAAUCAUCCCUAUCUUCUGGAACGAGUAGCAGUUGGAAUGUUAAGACUGGCGAUCAGAUUGCUGCGAGGAGAAGAAUGCGCGUGGACUGUACUACCUCCUUUGUUACCGCUAACCCAUCUACCUUCAGCGACAACGGCGCCUCUCGCUCGGCAGAUUGCAUACGGUUUAUUCGAGUUACUGAAAACUGGAGCUGCUAAUAUUCACAGCACAGAUGAUUGGAAAGUGGUGUUCAGUUUGCUAGAAUGCGCCGGGGCUGGUGCAUUGUCACCGAAGCAAUCUAAUACGGUACUAGACGAAGUAACGAAUUCCAGGACGUCGGUGUUAGAUCCCAGGCCCAUUAGUCCUGUACCUGAAUGGAUGCUAAUGUCACCCACGGGAACAGAAGCGCCUCUUCCAGUGGCCGCCGACACAAUUAUUCUCGACCGAGAUCUGCAACAGCACGAUCCAGCCGCCCUGAUUAAGUGCUGCGAAAGCUUAACGUUUCUAGUCAGAGAUGUGGCGCAUGUGACCCCGUUCAACUUCGAACUGUGCAUUCGUUGCGUGAGAACGUUCGCUGAGGCGGUUCUCCAAUGCACAGGGAAAAGAAGCAGGAUGCACAGUUCAGUAGAAGAACCAGUCGGGUAUCAGCAGUGUCCUAUUCAGCUGCUGGAUCUGAUGCACACGUUGCACACUCGAACCGCUCAAGUGUUUCGAUGGUGGGCAGAAGAGAGCAACUCUACGGAGCCAGUUUCCCUGUGGCCACAGGCGUGGAGGCCACUGUUGCAAGGUAUCGCGAGAUUGUGUUGCGACGCGCGCAGACCGGUUCGCACUGCGGCAAUAACAUAUCUACAGAGCACGCUUCUAGCUCACGAUUUAGCUCAAUUAUCAGCGGUGGAGUGGUCCCAGUGUUUGGAGCAAGUGCUCUUCCCUUUGCUGGCUCAAUUGCUAGGACCGAUAGCGGCGAACGAUCCCAUCGGAGUCGAAGAAACGAGGGUCAGGGCGGCUAUGCUGCUAUCCAAGGUUUUCCUUCAUCAUCUGAACCCUCUGCUGACCCUUCCCGGAUUUCUACCUUUAUGGCUCACCGUCCUAGAUUUGCUUCGCGCGUAUAUGCACGCGGACAAUAGCGAAUUACUCUUCGAAGCCAUACCGGAAUCUUUGAAGAACAUGCUGCUCGUGAUGUCCUCUGCCAACGUUUUAGCACCGGACUCGAAUCUGUGGACACCUACCUGGAGGACUAUCGACGGAUUCUUGCCUAACCUAAAGGACGAAUUGUUCCCCGAGCCACCUCCGCCUCCGGUACCAUCGCAGACACAACAGACACAAGUAAUCAGUUUGGUAGAGCAGCAGCAGCCGUCGUUCACGGGAUCUAUCGCGCCGCAACCGGAGACCGUGGCGAAUGAAACCGAACAACCACCAGAGGAGCAAGAAGCUGACGCUCAACUCGCAGCAACGGAAGCUACGAAUCCUAGUCUAGCGAACAACUCCGUCUCUAUAUCAGUUCCGUUGACGCCAUCGUUGUUCGAUGACCUCUAUAAGCAGGAACCGCAGCGCGUUGGAACGGUGAACCGUGCGAACUCGUCCGAGACGACAGCUAUAAGCUCUACGGCGGCGACGAUGUUUAAUUCUGCGGCGUAUUUUAGCGAGGAUCCCGCGGCGGAUCGACUAUUCGCCGUGACCAAUCCUUGACCACUGUACAUUCGUUAUGUAUAUUGUAUGAUAUAAAGUAUUUCUAUGAAGCACGAG